AUGAGCUGGAUGAAGGUGGAGGAGUCAAGCUGUCUACGCAUCGACGGUCUGUUGAAGCAUUACUACCUAUCUUCAUGCUACGCCAUCCAGUUUGCCCUCGGUUUCCCCGGCAACCUGCUGGUGGUCUUCGGUUACAUCUUCUGCCUCCCGAAGUGGGAGAGCAUCAACGUGUACAUGUUCAACCUGGCCGUGUCUGACCUGAUCUUCCUCUGCACCCUGCCCCGCCUCUCCUACCUAUACGCCAACGACCAAUCAGAGAGCAGCCCUUACCUCUGCAUCGUCAACCGCUACAUCCUCCACGUCAACCUGUACUCGUCCAUCCUGUUCAUGGUGUGGGUGAGCGUCGACCGCCUCCUCCGCGUACGCUACCCGUCUUGCCAGCACUUCCUGCUGGAUCGCAGGGUGUCGCUGGGCAUGUCGGUGCUGAGCUGGGCGCUGGUCAACCUCCAGGUGGCUCCCCUGGUGGUGCUGAUGGUCCACGACCAGGAGCAGGGGAACUGGACCAGCUGCCAGGACUUUGGGUCCCUGCGUUCGGAGCACAGUGUCCUGGCCUACAGCCUGGUGCUCACGCUGAGCGGCUACCUGCUGCCCCUGCUGGGCCUGCUCUUCUCCUCCCUCUGCAUCGCCCGGCUCCUCCGCGCCCAGCAGGGGGCGCUGGCCAGCAGCCAGCCCCACUCGUACCGCCGGCCCCUGCGUGUGGUCACGGCGGCGGCCUUGGUCUUCCUGGUGCUCUACACGCCGUAUCACGUGAUGAGGAACAUCCGGAUCGCGUCCACCGAGCUGUGGGAGGAGCCGGGAGCGUGUACCAGGAAAUACGUGGAGUCGGGAUACAUCCUGACCAGGCCGCUGGCCUUCAUGCAUAGCGUCAUCAACCCGCUGUUCUACUUCCUCAUGGGGGACCGCUUUCGAGAGCUGCUCUGGGCCAAGCUCCGGGGCCUUGGGAGGAGGAUGGGAUGCGACAGGGUGUACGGGCCGUGA